AAAACAGAGUACUCUGCUUUAUAGAGAUAAAUGAGCUAAACUUUUCUAUACAGAGAGACAAGACCAAUUCAAGAAUGGUUGCCUUAAGUGCCACGUUACUUAUCCUUCUCUCAAUCUUUCUUUCAACUCCGUCCAAUGUUCGAGGCAAUGCGGAGCUAAAAGCUUUAAUGGAGCUGAAAUCGUCGCUUGAUCCUGAAAACAAGCUUCUCCGAUCAUGGACGUUUAACGGCGAUCCAUGCGACGGAUCUUUCGAAGGAAUUGCAUGUAACCAGCAUCUCAAAGUCGCAAACAUAUCGUUACAAGGGAAACGUUUGGUCGGAAAAUUGUCUCCGGCGGUUGCUGAGCUCAAAUAUCUUUAUCUCAAUGUUAAUAACUUCUCCGGCGAGAUUCCCGUAGAUAUCGGCUCCAUGGCUGGCUUGCAAGUUAUGGAUCUUUGUUGCAACAGUUUAACAGGGAAGAUACCAAAUAACAUUGGUUCUUUGAAGAAACUAAAUGUGUUGUCUCUGCAACACAACCAACUAACCGGAGAGGUUCCUUGGAGUUUGGGAAACUUGAGUAUGUUAAGCAGAAUUGAUUUGAGCUUCAACAAUCUGUUAGGUUUAAUCCCAAAAACCCUAGCCAACAUUCCUCAGUUGGAAACUCUUGACUUGCGCAACAAUACUCUCUCUGGCUUUGUUCCUCCUGGUCUCAAGAAGUUGAAUGGGAGCUUCCAGUUUGCGAACAAUACCGGGUUAUGUGGUAUUGAUUUUCCUUCUUUGAGAGCUUGUUCUGCUUUCGAUAAUGCGAACAUCGAACAAUUCAAGCAGCCUCCUGGUGAAAUAGACACUGAUAAAUCAGGUCUUCACAACAUUCCCGAGUCUGUAUAUCUCCAAAAGCAUUGUAACCAAACACAUUGCAAGAAAUCAUCAUCGAAACUCCCACAAGUUGCGUUGAUCUCAAGCGUGAUUACCGUCACUAUAACACUGAUUGGUGCCGGCAUAUUGACCUUCUUUCGCUACAGAAGACGGAAGCAAAAGAUUAGUAACACGCCUGAGUUUUCCGAGGGAAGACUAAGCACAGAUCAACAAAAAGAUUUCCGUGCAUCGCCUUUAGUGAGUCUUGCUUACACCAAAGAAUGGGAUCCGCUCGGCGAUAGCAGAAACGGAGCUGAGUUCUCACAAGAGCCUCAUCUCUUUGUUGUUAAUAGCAGCUUCAGGUUUAACUUAGAAGACAUUGAAUCAGCAACACAAUGCUUCUCAGAAGCUAACUUACUAAGCCGAAACAGCUUCACCUCGGUGUUCAAAGGAGUCCUCAGAGAUGGUUCUCCGGUAGCUAUCAGAAGCAUCAACAUAAGUAGCUGCAAGAACGAAGAAGUCGAAUUCAUGAACGGUUUAAAGCUUUUAUCUUCACUGUCACAUGAAAACUUAGUGAAGCUACGCGGAUUCUGCUGUUCUAGAGGCAGAGGAGAGUGUUUCCUCAUCUAUGAUUUUGCUUCAAAAGGAAAGCUCUCGAAUUUUCUUGAUAUACAAGAACAUGAAACGAAUCAGGUUCUUGAUUGGCCUGCAAGAAUCUCCAUCAUCAAAGGGAUUGCAAAAGGUAUUGCUUACUUACAUGGAAGUGAUCAACAGAAGAAGUCUACAAUAGUUCAUCGAAACAUCUCUGUCGAGAAAAUCCUACUCGAUGAGCAAUUCAACCCGUUGAUCGCUGAUUCGGGUCUUCACAACCUUCUAGCAGAUGAUAUGGUCUUCUCAGCACUCAAAACAAGUGCAGCAAUGGGAUAUUUAGCUCCAGAAUAUGUCACAACCGGAAAAUUCACCGAGAAAACCGACAUUUUUGCCUUCGGAGUCAUCAUUCUCCAGAUACUCUCUGGCAAGCUCAUGCUUACUAGCUCACUGAGAAUUGCAGCUGAGAAUGGAGAACAUAACGGGUUCAUCGAUGAAUAUCUUCGUGAAGAGUUCGAUAAACCAGAGGCGAUUGCAAUGGCGAGGAUAGGGAUAAGCUGUACACAAGAGAUACCAAACAAUAGGCCUAAUAUAGAGACAUUGCUUGAGGAUAUAAACUGUAUGAAGAGUGAAUGAGUGUUUUGAUUAGUAGUAACUCUGUUUAGAGAAAAGGUUUCAACUUUGUGCAAGUAUGAUUCUCCGGUUAAACUGUAUCACACCAAUUGGUUUUGUUUGUUUUGUUUCUCUUCAGCAAGACCGGGUCCGGUUUAUAUGUUCUUUAGAUUUGCAGCUGAGAAUUGAAGCCUAAAUUUAAGUAAAUAAAGAUAUGAACACAAA